AUGGCUCCCAGCCAGGACGUCUACGCGGCAAACGCCCUCAAGGCCGUCACCUACCGCCUCUCGUCCGUCCCCGCCAAGCAGCUCCCGGCCCUCAUCCCCCACGUCACCGCAACGCUCCCCGCCUGCAAGCCCGUGCUCUCCGCUCCGCAGAUUGCCUCUGGGAAGGAUGCCUCUGAGACUGCCGUGCUGGUCCACAAGUUCAGGACCCAGAUCUCCACCCUCCUCCAGGACCGCUCCGUCGAGGCACGAUGGUCCGCCGUAAUCCUGGCGAAGUCCGCCGUCGAGCUUGGCGGCUGGGAGAUGCUGCAGAAGAGCGGCCCGUGGGUCAGAGGUCUCCUGGGCAUCCUGACCAAGCCGGACCCGCCGACCACCAAAGUCCUGACCAUCGUCACUUUGACUCGCAUCUUCAUGCUGACGCGUGAUUACCAAACCCUCGUGAGAGAGAUCACCACGCCUGCCCUGACCCCGUUCAUCACUUCCUGUGUGAGCAUCCUCUCCAGAGCCAGGACCGUAGACCAAGGCACCCCCCAGCUGGUUGAGACCAUCCUUGAAAGCUUUGCCCGUCUGCUCCCGCGCCACCCUACCACUUUCCGGCCCCACCUAGGCAAGUUAAAUCAGUAUCUUUCCACUGUCAUUGCCCAGUCCUCCACGGACGAGAAUGCGUACCUCAGCGCCGAUGGCCUGGCCGCUGCUAGGAACUUGUAUUCACAACUUCCCAACUGCGCCGCGAAGAGCGGAUCCAAGGAAGAGUGGGAGAAGUCGCUCCAAAACGUCAUCAUUGCCACCCACCAGGCUGCGGACAAGGUCUUCCGCGCGGUCAUCGAGGAGUGGGAGUCGGUCACAGGCAUUCAGCCUCCCAGCACCACAAACCGCACCUUGGAUCAGGUUGUCCAGCAAUCCGAACCAGAUCAGUGCGGGUUUCCUGCUUGGACUGGCAUCUAUGCUGGGAGUUCGCGUCUGAUCGGCCUGCUCGAGCUUCUGGCUAAGCUGACCGCUUCUUCCACUUCUACGUCCGGCCCCGUCAGCUACCGCAUAGCGCAUGUCAUGGAUCUCCUCACCCGCAUCCUGUCCAUCACCGCUCCCGCGGGUCAAGACAGAAAAAAUCAGCGUCGCGGAAUCGCCUUCAACGACCAAAUUGGAAAGGAGGAGCGCAAUGCCCUUUUCACGGUACUGCCGCAAAUUCACGUAGCCGCUCUGGCUCUGUUUGAGGUUCUCGUGGAUCGGUUCGGACGCGCUCUUUCUCCUGUCGUGGAAUUUUUCCUCGAACGCCUGUCUUUCGUCUUUCAAGAAGAGAGAUCACUCGCAAACGUCCGCGCCGCCUCUUAUUCCACACUCUCCAAAGCCCUGCCCAUCGUCGGCUCGACGCUUACCGCUCCGCAAGUGAAGAGUCUCAACACCAUCAUGCAUACAUGCUGCGAGGACCUCCUCCCGCGGGACAGCGACGCAGCGGCUGCCCCGAAGACGGGCCCCGCGACAGGCACCACCAAAAACCAAUCGCAGCAGACGACGUCCAUCAACGCCGACAGCUUCCUGAGCAACGCAAAGGACAAGUCAUCGUCACCGCAAGCGGUCGUUCCCGACGGCCUGCGCGAAAGCGCGCACGCGCUCCUGCCGCUCCUCCUGAUCCACCUCCCCGCACACGCCAUGGACAACUCGGUCCGCGCGCGCAUCGACAGCACCGCCGUCCUCGCCCGGCACGAGGAGGCCCUCCUCGCCAGCGUCCUCAGCCUCGACCCCAGGGGCAACCCCAGCCUGCUGCCGCUCCUGGCGCGGCUGCAUCCCCAGUCGCCCGCCGUCGAGGCUCUGCUUCGGCCGCGGGUCCCGGCCAUCCGGGCCAACGCUAGCGGCAACUUCAACCUCGCCUCCGAGGAGGACGACGAGGACGAGGACGAGGACGAGGACGAGGAAGAAGAGAAAGAAGAAGAGGCCGCAAAGACGCCGGCUCAAGCCGACGAGAUGCAGCUCGACACCACCGAGGAACCGACGACGGGCGGCCUCCAGUCCGAGCAUUCAGAGCCCGUCACCGUACGGUCGAAGCGAGUAGACGAUGAUAAGGAGGAGGAGGCAACACGCGCCGCUGAACCGGAUGCCACCGCCCCCGAGGAACCUCAAUCCGCGAGCAAACGACCGAACACGGAAACGACGGAAGCGCGUCAGCCUCGCUCGCCGAAGCGCGCGCGUGUCGAGAGCCCGCCGAGAGACGUGCCGCAGCCGGGACAGCAGGAACCGCCUGCGUCCACGCUGCCAGCGGCGGUGCCGCCUGUCGAGCCGGGGUAUGGCAUGGAGGAUGAGGAUGACGACGGCGAUGUGGAGGUUCCGACGCUGGUGAUGGGUGAUGAUGAAGAUGAAGAGGAGAGUGGCGAGGAUGAGUAA